AUGCCUUCUGCUAAGAAAAAACUCAUUGAAGCCAUCUUUCAAUACUGGCAUCAACACCCAAAGCAGAUGCACUGGGCAAUAGAAGAUGUCAAGCAUUGGUACUGUGCUGAGUGUGGGGGGAAAUACCUGGAACCAUUGAUUGCUUUCACAGAGCUGCAUUGGGGAUUAUUAUGGACCAAGUGCCAAUGGUGCAAGCACCAGUUCAUCUGGAUAUCCCACCAGAUGCCUGAAGCAGACCAGCAACAGCUGAAGACUCUGCAUUGCCAGGGACCGACUGGCUUCCCUGACUCACCUCCUGACACCAACUUUCCUUCUCCUCCUUCAUCUAAGUGGGGUCAUGCAAAUGGCUUUCCAAAGGGCCCUGGUGUAACCCCAGAUGGGGUUCGAUAUGGACUGCCUCAAGGGCAUGCUACACCAUCUAUGCCCACCUCCACUGUCAAAUACCCUGGCAAUGCCACAAAGUGCAUAAGUUGCAGUCAACAUCCUCAUCAAAAGUGUCAAAAUAUGAGGUGCAAGAAGUGCUGCCUUGAGCAGCAGGGCAACAAUUUGAAGGGAGGUCCUAGAGGCAGUAUUGCCGUUAACAUUGGCAGCUCAGAGGGACCCAUGGUCAAGUGUGAUGCACCUGGUCAUAUCAAAUAUGCUGCAACUGGAAAAGUCAAGAACAACAUAGAUGAGGACAGCAACAAAACACCAAAGAUGAUGGAGUCUGCUCUUCUGCACCUAUUCACCAUGGUGAUACUGGCAGAGGCAAUUACCAGUUUGCCCUUCCUGUGGUUCCUGUUGCUGACCACCCUCUUGCAGGAUGAAAAUCCUGUGGAAGUACCUGGUAUGAAGUUGCAGGGUGGACCAGGAAACUUAUACACCAAUAUGUCCGUUUGCAAGGUGGUUAUGAGCACAAAUGCUUGGACUGUUCCUGUGCUUGACAAGAACCAAGCUUGUUGGGUAGAGAUGGGACCUGGCCAAGUUAUACCCUUCAGACUUCACAAAUGUGUGGUUCUGAAGGCUCAGGAGGUGAUAGCACAAGACAGUCAUGUGCAGCAAGAGAUUCAUCAGCACUUCACAAUGAGUGGCCCUUCCCCAAAAAAGCAUCCUAUGAAUCAUGAUUCAUCUGAAUAUGAUGCCCUGGAGACCCCCAGCAAGAAGCCAUGGGCUACCUCAGUCAUCAGCGUGUCCUCCUCAACCAACUCUGUUGUCAGCAUUUCCUCACAAGAUGACCCCAUUGUCAUUGAGCUGAUCCAUUUUUCUGCACCAUCACCUGCAAACUGGCCUGGUGCAGCAUCCUUCAAAGAAGUAUUCAUGAUAUUGCAAAUGUAUCAUAACAUCCACAUGGGUCCCCCAAGAAGGACUUGGAAAGCAGCUGCAGAGGAAGUACUUGAACAUUCCUUGUGUCUCAUGUCUUCCAAAAUGAGUAAGAAGGCUAAGGAGAAGUCUAGGAUGAAGAAGAAAAGGUCUGGAGGAGACAUGGCACCCAUGAAGCAAAAGGUCACAAUGAAGCAACACAUUACUGGGGAUACCAUCAUUAACACACCUCUUGUGAGCACUCAAAGCAUUACCAUGGAGCCCACUGUCCCUACUACAGACCCCAAAUCUGCCAGCAAGUCUAGACAUGGAAACAAGGACCUGCCAGAUGUUGCAGAUCAGAUUCCUAUGCCUGCCAAAUGCACCUAUUGUGAGGAACAUGGCAAGGACUGUUUCAAGACCAAAGGACAUUGGUUCAAGUCUGGCUGGAAUUGCUACAAUCUCCAGAGGCAGUGUUCUGUGGGAAAUGCUGAAGAUGCUUGCCAGGGCCACAAAAUCAAGGCCAAGAAAUGUGAUCUAAUGCAUGCACUCCCUGCUACAAAGCACCCAUUACAUCCCAUUCCCCACACAGGCCUGCUUGCCUGA